AUAGACUUUCAAUCUGCUUUCAAUUGAGUACAAGCGCCUUGAUUAGAAAGUUGAAGGCAUCUACUACUCCGAGUCGUUACUUCCUAACUGUAGGUAACGUAACCCCUCUCGGCGGCAUAAAUACUUUUACAGUGACAUUCCAAUACCAGUACUGUUUACGUUCUGCUCUCCACGUUUGAAACGCUAUGCCGUAUUUUGACUUAGCACCGACGAUGUCUAGUGUCAAUAGCCGAGGAUCGUCAGUAUUCGAUCUUCCAACACACUCCCAUGCAUUCAGUGAAGAUGGUCCUUCCACCUCUGGGCCAUUACCCGAUGAAGUCAGAGACCCUCAAUACCCAUUUCGUAACCAAGGCCCCUCGUUUAUCGUUGUCUCUGGAGGAACAGGUUGUAAUUCCAUCGUCUCAGCUUUCGGUAACGCUUGCUAUGUGCUGCCUGUGUCGGACGAUGGAGGUUCAUCUAGUGAGAUCAUACGAGUGAUUGGUGGACCAUCGAUAGGUGUGAUAUCAGGUCGCGACUAGUACGCUUGAUACCCCCAGCUCCAAUGAAUUCACCUCUGGAUCGUAUCCGUAAUCUACUGGCGUACCGCCUUCCGGCAAACUGUUCAGAAAGUGAGGCCCGCGAUGAAUGGCGAGAAAUUGUUGAAGGUCGAAGCGCUCUAUGGACUGGAAUUCCGAACGACAGAAAGGAAAUGAUCAGAGGCUUUCUGGUUCACUUUGAAAAUGAGGUACUCAAGAGGGCGCACAAGAACUUCUCCUUCCUCAAUGGCAGUAUUGGCAACUAUUUUCUCUCGGCAGCUCAAGAAUUCUUCCGCUCGCUGCCCUCCGCUAUCUUCUUGUUUUCCUCAAUAACGAACAGUCAGGUCCGUAGGAUCAACAUAUAUGUGAUAUUGUCUGAACAGGUGUCCUCCUUCCAGGCAAACAUUGUCCCUGUUAUAGUCACAAAUCAUACUGUGACAAUUGCAGCUGAGUUGGAGAACGGAAGUCGACUCGUUGGCCAGUGUGAGAUUUCUCAUCCCGUUCACUUAGGCGAUGCAAGUCACGGGCUCAGCAUCACUCUUAGUGGAGAAGAGGAACUAUCUGAGGACGAUCUGGAAGGGACCAUUGAAGCUCCACGGAACGUAUUAUUUGAAUCCGCAAAGAAGGAUGAAUAUGAACCAAUUGGUGCAAGGAUCACGAGACUAUACUACAUCAACGCAUAUGGCAGUGAAAUACACCCCUCUCCGAACCCAGACUACCUUCACAAUCUCAACGUCAAGGAUAUACUUGUAUAUUCAUGCGGUUCGCUCUGGACAAGUAUCGUUCCAUGUCUUGCACUACGCGGUGUUGCGAGCGCCAUAGCAACUUCGCGUUCUCUGCGUGCCAAGGUGCUUCUACUAAAUUCUCAGAACGAUAGAGAAACAGACGGAUAUACGGCCUUUGAUUACGUCGAGACGAUUGCUCGCACUCUCAAUGCACCCUAUCAUACUCCCUAUGGCGGGCUCAAAAACGCUAACACAAUAUACCCCAUUUCUGCGUUUGUGACGCAUCUGGUGUACCUGGAAGGUACAACGAUUGAGGUCGAUGUCCCCAAAAUCACGGCGAAAGGAGUCAAAUGCAUCAAAGUCCUUGGUACUCGAGACGAGAAGACCGCAGUCCCUAAGUUUGAUGCUGAAAGUGUUCAGAAAGGGAUUAUUGAGAUUCUGGAGCAAGACGUCGCAUGAUGCAGUACUGUAUUGCGUCUGUUUUUUUUUUCGGGCUGUUGCUAGUACUAGCCUUUGUGGCGCGAAUAAGAUCUAUAUAUUUGGUUUAGCCGCAUUCAUCUCAGCUACAAUCUCGAGUGUCCAAGUUUCCUCCGGUUAGAAGAGUUUUCGAGCGGUGACCCAAGGCUACAGGCACGGUGGGCAGUGUGAUACAAGAUCCAGGCAGUGUAUUGGGGUUCCGUUACCCGACAACCAGUGUAUCUGCAUUGAACGGUGUGAUUGUUGCUGUGCCCUUGCCGCCUAUGAAGUUGGCUUACCGGCGCUUCUUUCUUCCUCACCUCACUUCCUCAGCGACAUGGCUACCAUGAAUACUCACCCGUCCGGACCUCGGUUCCCUAAUGAAAUCGUCGACAUGAC